UCGCUCUUUACUCGCCAUUUUCCCAGCUUCUGAGGCUAGAAUCGGACUGUUCUGGCGUCACGUUGUUAUUCAGCACUGACAGGUAAAAACCUAAUCGCUGCCGGAGACGAACGGAACUGUCUAAAGGUUCUGAGAUCGGUUUCCGAGUGAAGACGCUUCCUCAAACAUGAACAUUUUCAGGCUAACCGGCGAUCUGUCCCACCUAGCAGCCAUCAUCAUUCUGCUGCUAAAAAUAUGGAAAACCAGGUCUUGUGCCGGCAUUUCUGGAAAGAGUCAGGUCCUCUUUGCCUUGGUGUUCACCACUCGCUAUCUGGACCUGCUCACAUCCUUCAUCUCCCUCUACAACACCACCAUGAAGAUCAUCUACAUUGGAUGUGCGUACGCCACCGUGUACCUAAUCUACAUGAAGUUUAAGGCGACCUACGAUGGGAACCAUGAUACUUUCAGAGUGGAGUUCCUGGUCGUUCCCGUCGGUGGACUGGCUUUCCUCGUUAACCACGACUUUUCUCCUCUGGAGAUCUUGUGGACGUUCUCCAUCUACUUGGAGUCGGUGGCUAUUCUCCCCCAGCUCUUUAUGAUCAGCAAAACGGGUGAAGCGGAGACCAUCACCACCCACUACCUGUUCUUCCUGGGACUCUACAGAGCCCUCUACCUCUUCAACUGGAUAUGGAGGUUCUACUUUGAGGGUUUCUUUGACAUGAUUGCUAUUGUGGCCGGAGUGGUACAGACCAUCCUCUACUGCGACUUUUUCUACUUGUAUGUAACAAAAGUACUGAAAGGAAAGAAGCUGAGUCUGCCAGCUUAAGUGCCAAAGAGAGCUGUUUGGGCAGCGGGGGCUCGGAGGGGAGGAGGUCCAGACCCCCACCCGCCCUCCUCCUACACCGCCCCCACCGCUUCCUCUUCUUCCCCUCCAACCAGAGUAAGAUGCCUGAGACAGAGAGCGUGCAGGAGCUGCCGGCUGCACCUGAUCCAGAAUCAGAGGAACCAGAACCCCUGCAGAGGCCGGUCCGUGGCCUUGGGAUUUCUGUUUGACGCAUCUUGCCUUAACUUUUUUAUUGCUCUGUAAAAAAAGAAGGAAAAAGUUUUUCUAUAUAAAAAUGUGUUUUGAAGAUUGGGCCUCGGAGAAAAAGAGCUGAAGACGUGAUUUACGUUGUACGAUACGGAGGCAGACUGCUGGGUUAGCGUUGAGCGUUUGUAAAAGUAUUUGAAUCAGAAUAAACGUGCAUUGUUUUACAUUCAUUUGAGGAGGAACCUGUUGAAUCCUUUUUUUCUUUUUUAUCGAAAUGCAUUCCCAUGUGUAAAUUUUCACUUUAGCCCUUAGGCUGGAUAUAACUCUGUUAUAGAUGCAGUAAUCUAACAUUUUUUUAUUUUACAAAUGAACUUGGGUGUAACCGAAAUUGCAUUUUUGUUUCAAUGCCAUUAGAAUGAGAGUUUGAGAUGCCUCUCCAUAUUAAUACAGAAAGAAAGCACAGGUUUAAACGGAGGCUGCUGAACUCAUCACUGUAAAUGGCUUUUCUUUAAACAACUCCCGACCCAACACGUGCGCCAUAUCACCUGUAGCUACGCCACAUUGCCAAGACCGUUUGUUGCAGAAAGCUGCUCGUAAAUGUGCUGUAUCACAUGCUGUAUGUGGAGUCUCACUACAGGAAGUUUUCUUUUAGAAGCAGAUGUAUUUAUUCUUUUUUUUUCUUCUUUUUUUUUCUUCCUGCCAAUUUCCAAUAAACGGAGUCCGUAGAAUCGUCUACGUCGUGUGCAUGAUUUUAACCCUAAAGAGGAAGCUCUUCGGACUCAGAGAGGAGCAUCACAAUCCUGCAGAAAGCUGCAGCCUUCCUGUUUUUAUUUUUCAUGCACAUCGUUUUUCAAGAUUUUUUCCCCCCAUUUCUUACCAGAGCUUUUUGCAUGAUGUUGCCACCACGAAUAAAAAAUGCUGAUGGGAAA